AUGGAGGUCCUGAUUCGUCGAGCGGAUCUGGACGCCAAGGCCGUGGGUGCCGAUUCGGAGCUGCAGCUACCCCCAUUGGUGUUCAUCCAUGGGAGUUACCACGCCGCGUGGUGCUGGGCUGAUAAGUGGAUGCCGUAUCUGUCGGCGCUGGGAUUCGACUGCUUCGCUAUAAGCAUCCUCGGUCAGGGUGGGAGCGACGUGCCGAACGCUCCUGUGGCUGGGACCGUUCAGUCCCAUGCUGCUGACGUGUCAAACGUUAUCCGCCAGCUCGUUGGUCGGCCGCCGGUCCUAGUUGGGCACUCGUUCGGCGGGCUGAUUGUUCAGGCGUAUCUUGCUGACGUGGCAAAGGACUGGGAGAGCAGCAAGGAUGACGGAGUCCCUUUCGCCCCUCUAACGGGGGCUGUGCUUGCCUGCUCUGUGCCGCCCACUGGCAACAUGGAGCUAGUGAAGCGCUACAUGCGCACGCGCCCCAUCCUCUCCAUCAAGAUCACGCUCAGCCUCGCAGCCAAGCUCUUCCGCUCCUCACUCGCCCUCUGCCGCGAUUCCUUCUUCUCGCCCACCCUCCCUGAAGCUGAAGUGAAGCGCUACCAGGCAUUGCUCUCCGACAGCAGCAAGCUGCCGCUGUUUGACCUCAGGAGUCUCAACGCGUCCCUCCCCGUGGCCAAGCCCCCGGCGUACUGCCCACCUGUCAUGGUGCUGGGUGCUGCCGAUGACGUCAUUGUGGACGACCAGGGGGUGAAAGAAACAGCGGAGUUCUUCAGCACAGCAGCAGUGGUGCUGCCAGGCAUGCCGCACGACAUCAUGCUGGACCUGGGGUGGAAGGAUGCUGCUGAUGCCAUGCUGCAGUGGCUUGCAACCCAUGGCGCCAUCCCCAAGCAAUGA